AUGGCAGGUUGGAAUCAUACAGGUGUGAAGGAAUUCAUUCUGGUAGGUUUAACGGAAAAUCCAAAUUUGCAGAUCCCUCUCUUUCUGCUUUUUACCUUUAUUUAUUUUAUCACUAUGGUAGGUAAUUGGGGAAUGAUCACUCUGAUCUGGUUAAAUGCUCAACUUCAUACUCCAAUGUACUUCUUUCUUAGCAACCUCUCUUUCUGUGAUAUCUGCUACUCUACUGUCUUUGCUCCUAAGAUGCUGGUCAAUUUCCUAUCAAAACACAAGUCCAGCACAUUUUCUGGCUGUGUUUUGCAGAGUUUCCUUUUUUCAGUUUAUGUAACCACAGAGGGCAUCCUCCUGUCUGUGAUGGCGUAUGAUCGCUAUGUGGCAAUAGCCAAUCCCUUGUUGUAUGCAGUCAUUAUGACCCAAAGAGUUUGUAUCCAGAUGGUUCUUGCAUCUUACUUGGGCGGCCUCAUCAACUCUCUGACACACACAAUAGGUUUGCUCAAACUAGACUUCUGUGGUCCUAACAUUGUGAAUCAUUAUUUCUGUGACUUUCCUCCUCUUCUGAGGCUCUCUUGCUCUGAUGUUCAUAAAAAUGAGAUGCUGAUUUUGGUAUUUUCUGGGGUCAUUGCAAUGUUCACUUUCAUUAUCAUCAUGGUCUCUUACAUCCGCAUCAUCAUUGCCAUCCAGAGAAUUCGUUCAGCUGAGGGGAGGCGCAAAGCCUUCUCUACUUGUGCCUCCCACUUGACCGCUGUGACCUUAUUCUACGGGUCUGUGACCUUUAGUUACAUUCAGCCAAGCUCUCAGUAUUCCCUGGAACAGGAGAAGGUCUCUGCUGUGUUUUAUACUUUGGUGAUCCCCAUGCUCAACCCACUGAUUUACAGCCUCAGGAAUAAGGAUGUGAAAGAUGCAGCAAAAAGGUCAAUAUGUUGGAAGAGAACCUCGACUUGA